UUUCAUUCUCAACCGAAACCCUAGAAAGGAUUUCUAAAACCCCAAAUCUGUUGAAGAAGAGAAAAAUGACGCAGAAGGGAAAUCUCUUCAAAGGGCAGAAGAAAAGUAAAUCAGUUCCUCUCAAUCGACAUGGAAAAAUGGCCCAUACGCGAAAAGGAAAGAAAGUUGCGAAGCCAUCAAAGGUCACUAAAGCGAUGGAUGCUGAUAGGGAGGUGAGCAAGUUUAUAAACCACUGCAAUGAGAUGAAAGCUGUGACAAUUGCUAAUAAAGAUGGUGGGUAUUUGAGCAUUGUUAAAUCACCAACAGAGUCCUCAAGUGGUGGUGGUGGGAAGAAGUAGUUGUUGGUCCACUGCAGGCAUGAAGAGAACAUUGUGUACUAGAACCUGUUUUUUUUGUCUGUGAGAUGGAGACAAAGAUCUCUGAGUUCAAACUCAAAUUUCUAUUAAUUUGCCUAUAUAAAAAGAAAAUACUUUUCUUUUUCUUUUUUA